AGUAAAUCAUGCCGACCGCCGCACACAAGAACCGAAAGAAGCGAGGUCACGUCUCCGCUGGUCACGGUCGUAUCGGAAAGCACCGUAAGCAUCCUGGUGGUCGCGGUAACGCUGGUGGACAGCAUCACCAUCGUAUCCUGAUGGACAAGUAUCACCCGGGUUACUUUGGUAAAAUCGGUAUGCGCCAGUUUCACGUUCUGCGGAACCGGGAUUUCACCCCGACCGCUAACAUUGAUAAGCUUUUCAAUAUUGCCGGUGAAGGUGUCUAUGAAGCCGCCAAGAACGGCGGUGGCAAGGCUCCCGUGAUUGACCUUGUAUCGAAGGGAUACUUUAAGCUUUUGGGCAACGGACAAAUCAAUGUGCCAGUUAUUGUCAAGGCCAAGUAUUUCUCCAAGCUGGCUGAGAAGAAGAUUAAGGAAGCAGGUGGUGCCUGUCUGUUGACGGCAUAAACUAUAGUAGAAAUUAUGCCAUAGAUCAUGUC